UGAAAUUUGCAUCUCUUCUGGAUCCGCCCUUUGUACAUACCCAGUCAGUCAGAACCGCAGCGGAGAGCGACCAUGUCCACGCCGCCCACAGAGCAGACCCAGCUCCUCGGCACCACCCAGCCCACCCUCGCUGCCUACGCCUCCGACCCUACGUCCAAGCCAGUAGAGCCAGUCUCAGAGCACCACAAUAUCGCCGGCCUCUCCCCGUCUCGAUUCCGUCUCGUCUGCGCUUCCAUCUGGACUGCCUCCUUUCUCGUCGCAUUCGAUAGCACCCUCGUAUCUACCCUGCUAUCGGAUAUCGGAUCUGCCUUCAAUGCGUCAACCCAGACCUCGUGGCUUGGUACUUCAUAUCUCUUGUCGGUCUGCUGCUUUACCCCCGUCUAUGGACGCCUGAGCGAUCUUAUCGGCCGGCGUAAUGCCCAUCUCACAGGACUGGCUCUGUUUACCAUGGGAACGUUCCUAUGUGCCGUGGCUCCGUCCAUGUAUGGGCUUAUCGGAGCUCGUUUCCUGGCUGGAGCAGGAGGCGGUGGUGUCGCAAGUGUUUCGGCCAUUCUGAUGACCGACUUGGUCGACCUGAGGCAUCGCGGAAUCUUCCAGGGUUAUGUAAACCUCUUAUAUGGUCUUGGUGCCGCCCUGGGUGGACCGGUUGGAGGAUGGAUCAGCGACAAUUUUGGCUGGAGAUGGGCCUUCCACAUCCAAGUUCCUCUUCUUGUCCUCAACGGCGUCUUGAUCUACACCUUUGUCGUCGUGCCUACUUCGGAGCCUCCUCCUCCUCCUCCUCCUCCCAGAAGCAGAUCAAGGGCCAGAGAGGGCCUGCCCACAGAGCAGCCGAGCAAUCGUCCGCAAACGUGGAAGACCAAGCUCGCGCGUAUCGACUAUCUCGGAUCGUUCACACUUGCGCUUGCUGUUGCUUCGUUGCUCCUGUCCAUGUCUAUCAAGACUUCUUCUACCAAGGCAUCUGGUGAAGACUAUGCCUUCUCGGAUCCUCUCAUCUGGGGCCUGUUCCUCGCUUCUGGUAUCUUUGCCAUUCUCUUCUUGCUGGUGGAAGCGUACUGGUCACCCGAGCCCAUCUUGCCUCUCAAGCUCCUCACCCGUCGAACACCCGUCGCCAUCGCCCUUUCCUCCUUCACCAUGGUCACCACCCAGUUCUCCGUCCUCUACAACAUCCCCCUCUUCUUCACUAUUGUCCAGCUCCGCACUUCAUCCUCUUCCGGCGCCCAUCUCUUGCCCAACUCUAUCCUCAUCGGUGCAGGCUCCUUGUUCGUCGGCUGGGUCAUGCGCCACACUGGCAAGUACUGGUGGCUCGGUGUCAACUGUGCGCUGUGCAUUGUAGCAACUAGUGUCGGAAUGCUCUUCUGGCACAAGGAUAGCCCAGAGUGGUUGACUUGGGUUGCUCAGGCUCCCGGUGGGUUUGGGUAUGCGGGAGUGUUGACGACUAGUCUGGUGGCCUUGAUGACUCAUGUGCAGAGAGCUGGCAAGGGCGAGACUGCCGUGGCUACCAGUAUGACCUAUCUUUUCCGAACCGUUGGCCAAGUCCUUGGUGUCGCGAUCAGCUCCGCCAUUGUCCAGUCUGUCGUUCAGCGCGACUUGCUCAAAACAAUCGCCGGUCCCGAUGCAGCCGAGAUCAUCUACCUCAUCCGCCACUCGACCUCCUCCAUCCACACACUUCCCCCUCACUACCAACUCCCAGCCAUCGACGCAUACGACCACGCCCUCAGCUUUGUCUGGGUAUUCAACUUGGUCUUGUCAGUGUUUACCGUGUUGGCUUUGAUGUUGGUGGAAGAGGAGGAGAUGCCUGAUAGGCAGGUGGUCAGGAAUCAUGUUGAGCGGGCUGAUGGCUCGGCUUUCGAGAGGUAUGAGUAGAUCAGAAUCUGCUCAACCCCGUCGCUUAUAGAUGCAUACACCUUUACCGAGG